AUGGUGAGUUUUGACCCACCAUGGCUGCCGUUAACAGCAGCGAGCUCAGCCGCUCCAAAUCACAGCUGAACGUUAUUUCCAAAUGGAACAUAAUGCAGUACAAACUGUAUUCAACUUUUACUUUCCUUCUUUUAUUCGUAAGUCUGUGUUUUUCCGACGAUGACCAUGAAAUGGAAGAGUUUCUGAAGCGGGAGUUUUCCCUCUCCAAGCCUUACCAAGGUGUGGGAUCUUUAGGCUCCUCCCACUGGGAGCUGAUGGGGGAUGCCAUGGUAACCACUGACCAGGUGCGACUCACACCGGAUAUGCAGAGCAGACAGGGGGCAGUAUGGAGCCGCAUUCCAUGCCACUUACAGGACUGGGAGAUGCAGGUGCACUUUAAGGUUCAUGGGCAAGGAAAGAAGAACCUUAACGGUGAUGGUCUAGCCAUUUGGUAUACCAAGGAGCGCAUGCAGAAAGGUCCUGUAUUUGGAAAUAUGGACAACUUCACUGGCCUGGGUGUGUUUGUGGACACCUAUCCCAACGAGGAGAAGUACAUAGAGGCGCAGAAGAAGAGAUACACCCCCCGCACACAGAGGAUCUUCCCGUUUGUUAUUGCCAUGGUGGGGAAUGGCACCAUUAGUUAUGACCACGAGCGGGACGGUCGCCCCACCGAACUCGGUGGCUGCAAUGCCAUGGUGCGCAACCAAAACCACGACACCUUCCUCUUCAUUCGAUAUAUCCGCCGCAGGCUCACGGUGAUGAUAGACAUUGAUGGCCAGCAUGAGUGGAGGGACUGUCUGGACAUACCUGGAGUGAGGCUGCCUCUGGGAUAUUAUUUUGGAGCUUCAGCAAUCACUGGAGAUCUCUCAGAUAACCAUGACAUCAUUUCCCUCAAACUUUACCAACUCACGGUGUUGCGGAGUAAAAAGGAAGAAAAGGAGGAGGAGCAGGAUGUAAUAACCAUCCCCAGCGUGGAUAAUAUGGAGCUCCUCAGACUGGGUCAGAAUGAAGAAGGGAUGAGCGGAUUAGCCAUUUUCUUCACUGUGCUCUUCUCCAUGCUGGGAUGCAUCUUCCUCAUCGUCAUCGGCAUGGUGGUCUACAGCCACUGGAACGAGAGCCGACGUAAGCGCUUCUACUGACCAACGCCACAAAGGGCUCAGGGAUUAUUAGAACUACUGUGGGCCACCAACCCAGCUGAGGUCAGAUGAGAAGUAAGACGCUGCCACUGAGUGGCGGAGCAGCGGAGGUUCUUACCCAGUUUGACAGGAGGAGGAGGAGGAGGAGGAGGAGGACAGGCUUUCCCUGCAACUGAAGCCAUUUUUCCAGGAAUGGUUCUGAACCAGCUGGAGGGAUUUACAUUUUUCACCUCUGAUAAUUCUUUUAAGUAGCUAUGUUCACUGCACUUACUCAUAUGUUCCUUAAAUGUAAUAAUUUUGUCCAGAUGAAUUAACUACGGUAAAUUAACUCCUCAAUAUUUAAACCAUGUUAAAAGUGUGAGUUUUAAAAUAAAUGUCAGUCUUCCCUGGGCUGCACAAUACACUGCAAAUUUAUUGUUAUCCCAACAUCCCUGUAUGCAGUUUGCAUAUUGCAGAGAACAGUCUGGACUGCAAUAAAUGUUAGGUAGUAAUUGAAGUACCAUACUUUAAACCUCUAUAUGUUUUGUAAUACAAGUUGUUUUAUUGAGCACAAAACGUUUUAGAAGAUGGUAAAGUCAGAAGCAGCUUUUUCAAUAAAACCUUCUUUUUGAGAUGGAAAUACCGUAAUGAAUAAAUUUUUUCCAGAAGCGGCAAGGGUUUGCUCAUUAUCUGCGGUAUAAGUUUGCUGCUAUGAGCUUAUUUUUGCAUAUCUUAUUCAUAUCGUUAUUGUGUCGUUCACCACUAUCAUCGGAUUUCACGUUUUGCAUCAUGCAGCCUUAUUCUUUCCCCAGGUAAAUAAAUUAGUCACUUUAAAAUUUGGUCACUAAGCGACAUUCAGAUGGGAUUUUUAGUACUACAUUUGAUUAUGAGCGUGAGAAAAAUGUUUUACUUGCAUUAUUUAUUCAGUUUUAGGUCACCAUAUUUUCAAUUUAAGAAAAAUGAGGUGAACUUCUAUGUUAUCGGUGCAUUUUGUGUGGAAUGAAGAACGCAUGAUGCCUAAAUGGGCUCUUUUUAUGUGAAGCAACAAAUUGUUGGAACAUAAUAUCAACCCUGCUGCCCAAUAUUUCUGAGAGGUUUAUAAUUCUUUUGUUGAAAGAAAAUAAAAAAAUACCAACAAAUAAUUUUUUUUUUAUCAUUAUCUGGAUAAGUUUAGUAGUGCCUUCCCUGAAAUUUAUCUGGAAGGUAACUUUGUACAUAAAUCUCAAAUUUUAAAUAACACAUUUUUCAUGUUGCAUUAAUGAAUACUCUGUUUCUUUAUCUUAGCUUAGGAAAGGAUUCUGGACCCAAUUUCAGCAUUUUCCACUUGUUUAUUGAUGUAACUUAGGGUUCAGGUCAUGCUUUUAACAAAGCUGCCUCCCUUCUUACCUUGUACUAUCACCAUGGUAACUUGUGCUGAAAGCCUAAGCUAUUCCUGGGGCACCUUUGGCUUCCUUUUGCGAUCCAGUACAUAUAAAGUGCCUCCUCUUAACAAAUCAAUGUCCUGAGAAAACGGAGUAGUGGAGAAAAUUUUGUUUUGAAGGAGCGGCAGCAUUUUCUAUCUCCUUUCACGAUUAUUUUAUGUUCCGCAGAAAUUUUUGCCACCAGAUUGUCUCACCAGAGUGGAUCCUUAUGUACCUGAAACAGACUGAUUAUGCAAAAAAAAAUUCUGUCUCAGAAAAUGAAACUUGGAUUUAAUAAUGUGACAUUUUUGUUCCUGUGUCUUCAUUGUUAUUGAAGACAAUGUUAUUGGCUCUUUUUUAACACCAUCUGUCCUACAAGAACAUGCAACCUCCCCAAAGUCAUUGACACGGCUUUAAGUUAACUAGUAUCAUAAUGCAACUAUAGCAUUUGUUGGACAGAUUAAUAAUAAUAAUAAUAUAAAAACAAAUAUGUUGAAGCUCCUUUCUUUUAGAACUCCUGACUGUUUUUAAUCCGAUGCUGAUUUAGCAAAUAUCUGGAUGCAGAAUUUUAACCUAUUUACAAUAUUUUCAUGGAAUCCAUUAAUGCUUAAAUUCAUCGUCCUCCAAAUUCACAAACUUUUCAUAAAAUGGUGAAUGAGGCCAACCCAUCUGCAGUCACAUUUAAAGAGAAUCGUAACUUAAAAACAUGCUGCAGUAUCAAAUCUAAGGUUUGCAUGCCUUUUUCUUAAAAUGCAAAAACUGUGUCCAUUUAAGAUAAAAUUGAAGUUUGUGUUUUAUUUUGAAAUAUAUCAAGAUUUUGUUAAAUGAUUAUAUUGCGUUUGUUUAUGCAUUCUCAAAGCAACAUGAUCACCUCUCAGUGCUUUUUAGAGCCAGAAAAUGCCAGUUUUUCAGCUUGUAUGUUGUCUAGACUGCUGUUUACGUUUUGAGUGCAAAACUGAUCUUAAAAUGUUCAUAUAUGUUGAAGGCAAAUCAUUGUUGGAUGUGAUAAAAGAUAUGAAGAUAUUUUACAUUUGCUGGCUUCCACCACUAGAGUAUGAACACGACUGAUCUGGGUUUUUAGGCAUUUACCAAAUAAUGUGGGAGAAUUUAACUUCGAAUAUAUUUAUUAAAGAUAUUUUUCCUGUGAGAGACUUGAGAUUUGCUAAGAAUGUAAGCAACAUAGCUGCUACGGACAGUCUUUGUCUUUCCUAACACUAAAUUGACCUUUUGUUUGUUGUUUCUUUUGUUACGAGUACAAACAUGUCUCUUGUCUCUGUGUUGCAUAUCUUUGCUGUGAGCCCUGCACACAUACAGGUCUGACGCAACAGGCUGGUGUUGUUGCACAUCAUCUUUAUGCUUCAAAUUGAUUUGAUUCUUUUUUUUUGUAAGAUGACUGCCAUCUUAUUUCCCAUGACAAUCAUUUGCAUUCUCUGGUUGUUUUGUUUUGUUCUUGUUUUUGUUUUGUUUGUUUUUUAAAUAAAAUGUGUCUCAUCUAC